GGAAGGAGCGGAAGAGUCCAAGAACCCCAAUCCCAAGCUCCAACCGGAACGAGUCCUCAUUCCCCUCUGUCUGUCCCCCCUCGAACCCUCCGCCGGCCGCCCCGGGAGCAGCAGCAGCAGGCACCGCGCGGCUGGCUGGGCGCCGGAGGCCGUGACGGCGGCCGGACGCUUCGCCGUGAAGAACCGAUCGAUUCUUCCCGCCGGCCUCGGCCGGAGACCUCACGCACGCGGAGAAGAUGACAUUUUGAUCACUACUCACCUUUCACAGUGGUCGACAAGAACUCUGUGCCGAUUGUUUUCUCAAUCUAGAAGAAAUUUAGUGCGAUAUGCCAAGAUCCAACUCAGACAGGGAUGAUAUCUUCUUCGAUGCAUUUGAUGAUAUUAGUUCAGCAAGGGAGCCUUCAUCAUCAGAUGAUUGUAGUACGAGUGGCGACGGAUUGUCACCAAGGGAAUUCGAGUACGACAUUUGGGCAAAUGAGCCAAUGAGUGUUAAAGAAAGGCGGCAAAGAUUCCUUGAGGGAAUGGGAUUGGAUGACUUAGGUUCCACUAAAGUGGAUCUUUCUCAAUGCCAGGCAGAGAUCACAACUGCUGACACUAGUGCUGACUUGCAGGAAAGGACUAUUAUGAGUGACAUGUCUUCUUUGGGUUCAUCUAUACCUGAGAAUGAAUCAGCAUUUGAUGCCGCCUGUUGUAUAAGGGAUCUGGAUAGUGGAAAGAGAUAUGUAGUUCAUAAUGGCGGGCAUGACGGACUAACUAGCUUUCUCAAGGAUGUUGCAACAGAUAAGGUGUUGUCUCUUCUGGAGUUUGAAAGCUUAGUUGGCGUUUCUCGAUCUGUUCAAAAGUUAUUACGAAGAGCAUAUUGUCAGAGUCCUGCACUGGCAGCAGAGACAAAAGAGGCUAUUGGUGGUAAGAAAAAGGAUAUCAAAAGCUUGUGCAAAAACUUGAUGAAGAAGAGGAGUUUCGGUGGAAUGUGCAAGACUGAUGUCCAUGUAAAAAGCUGCACGACAAGUAUACCAUCCAGAACAAAAGUUCAGCACCGAAAGAAGAAGAAUGCGGAAUUCUCUGCCGUCUAUAUGGCUCAAGAAAUCCGGGCGCACAACGGUUUAAUUAGAGUGAUGAAGUUUAGUCCGUCUGGCUGGUAUUUAGCAAGUGGUGGUGAGGACUGUGUUGUGAGAAUAUGGCAGAUUACAGAAGUGGAUGCACAUUCUAAAAUGUAUGGGGGAGAGAACCACCCUCAUGAGCAUGUAGAGAAAAUCAAAAUCCUUAAGCCGAAGCUAGCAGAGGGGCAGAGCCGUGCACUUGCAGUUAUGCCAAGCAAGGGUUUUCACAUUACAGAGAGCCCAUUACAUGAGUUACAUGGCCAUACAGGUGAUGUCCUGGAUAUGACCUGGUCGAAUUCAGAUUGUCUGUUGACCUCAUCAAAAGAUAAGACAGUCAGGUUGUGGAAAGUUGGCUCAGAUGUUUGUCUUGGAGUAUUCAGACACAAAGACUACGUGACGUGCGUUCAGUUCAAUCCAACUGACGAAAGAUACUUCAUCAGUGGUUCAAUAGAUGGUAAAGUUCGCAUUUGGGAUGUUCUAGACAAGCGGGUUGUCAACUGGGCUGAUACCAGGAAUGUCAUAUCUGCUGUUAGUUACCAACCAGAUGGAAAGAAUUUUGUUGUUGGCACGACUGGAGGAGUUUGUCGCUUCUAUGAUCAGUCAGGUGAAGACAUCCAACUAGACAAAGAAUUGUUCAUGCAAGGGAAAAAGAAAUCUGCUGCCAGUCGGAUCAAGAGUCUACAGUUAUGUACAAGUGAUUCCCCUAGAUUCCUAGUUACAUCAACAGAUUCCAAGAUUCGAGUUGCUGAUGGUGUUGAUAUCGUCCAAAAGUUUAAAGGGCCUUGGAAGUCAAAGGCUCUUUCAUCGCCAUCACUAACAUCAGAUGGCAGAUAUCUUAUAUCCACCGGCAUGGACUCCAAUGUCUACAUAUGGAAUUUUGACAACUCAAGCAGCGCCUCACAGAAAGGCGAAGCCAAAUCGGUUCGAUCAUGCGAAAUGUUCUUCUCCAAGGACGUGACAACCGCGGUGCCAUGGCCGGGAGUGCAUCCAGACAGGCAUGUCAAGCUGGCCCGCUUGACCGAGAAAUCUGCCAGCGUGUCGCCUUUACGCCGUCAUGGAGGAGAAAGCCGUUCCCCUGGGACAUGGUUCUUCGCCGACGGUAUGAGGGGGUCUGUGACGUGGCCAGAGGAGAAGCUCACUUCGGCGAAGCCUGUCAAUGGGCCCCGGCUGGCUGACUGUCUCUCGGCGAUAUCGGCUGCCUGGAAUAUGGUGAUAGUGACAGCAAGUCACGGCGGAGUGAUCCGGUCCUUCCACAACUACGGCUUGCCUGUGACAUUGUGAGGCUGUAAGCUUUGGUUAUUAGCUUCCUCUACUGACGACCUUGAGUUGUUUUUUUGUUCUUCCUCCGGAAAUGUUGGGAAUGUGGUGGAAGAGAGGUUGGUAUAGCACCAAGAAAAGAGGGAAUGUUGUACCACGGGGGUCCCUAGCUUCUGAAAAGGAGAUUAUUCAGUGGAGAUGCUUGCUUUUGUCUGCAAGCUCUCUCUUUUUUUCUUCUUCACGAAAAGGCCUCAAAAUUGUUGCUCCGGUUUUUUGUUGAUAGUUACUUGUAGCAUUUCCAUCUGUUGUGACUAUAGAGAUUUACUAUCUCUCUACGAGGUAACUAGCAUAUGUAACCCUGUUGAAGCUGUUUCGAAAGAUGGUGGGUAAAAUCCUUCUGUGUAUUUCA